ACCAGGUCUUCCGACGUACAGACCAGGUCUUCCGACGUACAGACCAGAUGUUCUCCCUCAAACAGCGAAGACAAACAAUUAAGCUCUCAAGACUUGCCUGCCGGUGCCUCCUCAACACACGUCACUGGGACCACGCGGUCUGCAUCUACAGACCCCAUGCAGAUCUCCCCUGCAGACCCUGUCUGCAAUGAAGACCAGCAGUCUGCACCUGUCGCAUCGAGGUCCAGGAAGCAGCAGCAGCAGCCCAAGCUUCAGUAUCCUUCAGACGAGUGCGGUGCAGCGUACCAGGAGGACUUCAUCACCUUGUAUCCUUCGGUUGUGGGCCGCCGCAUCACCAGCGCAGGAGAGCCAGAGGAGCUGGUGCAGUGGUCACCCCGCGACGUUUUGGCGGACGGAUGGCUGCCGGUGGGGAUAGCUCGUCCCCACACUGUGACCUUAUCUUCUCUUCCCCACAACGCUCGCCUCGCAGUCGCGCGUCUGUGUUUCCCCAACACAUUCUCUUCCCCUCACAAGUCGGGGAGCGGCCGACGCAAGCGCGUCGCAUUAAAAACCGAACUCGCCUCCCCAUCCCGGGAGAAAAAUUCCUCCCCAUCCCGAGAGAAAAAUGGGAUAGAGGAAAAAUCGUCCGUAGAACUGCACGAACAUUUACCACUCAAAACAUUUACUGGUGAUGGUUGUACAGGUCGCAAAAUACCCCACAGUUCCAGCGACUCUGAAUUUUAUCCUGAGUUGAAAAAAGCGCGAAUUUUGGGACCAGAGUCAGAGGAGAGCAAGGGGACUGUGAAAUCUGAGCGAAAUGCGUUAAAAUUGAAGAGAAACGGCGAAAUUCUCAAUAAAUUUGACGAGAGAAAUUGCGAAGCGUUUGUGAAGAACCACAAAAAGAAUGGAGAAUUGUCAUCUAAAUUUCACGGAGAAGCGGGCUAUAAAAAUCACAAGAAAAAUAGCGUUGAAAGGAAUAAAAUAACAGGCGAUAAAAAUAUUGGUUUAAAAGCAAAAGUUUUGGGCAGGAAUGGUUGUAAUGGCGUGGUAAAGGUUGAGAAACCCACUCGACUUACUGCUACCAAAGACAGAACUUUUUCUCUACCUCAUCCUGUUAAGUAAUUCGUCUGUGGUGGUGUGGUUCUACAGCAAAUGCUACACUCUGUAUUUAUUACUGGUAGGUACUCUACUGUAUGUGGAGGUAGUAGUUUUCUACUUCUACAUGCAGUAGUUUCCUACUUGCUGUAGAACUUACUGCGUUUUUGCAUCCAGAGUUAAAAUCACUUGAGAAAACGAGUGAAAUCAAAUUGGACGACUACGAAGUAUGCACUUUCUUUGACCCAUCUUCCGUUUAUGGGUCAUCUUGACCCAUUUUGACGAAACAAGUGGGUAGUGUGUAAAAAGUGCAUAGUUUCUUAACACUGACGCCCACUUUUUUCUGAGUGUGGCUAUGAACGUUAUUUGUACACUGAAGUUUUCGCGCUCGAAUUUAUGAAACUUUUCGAUCUGAAAUAACCUGCCAUUUACUGAAGUGCAUUUUUUACCAGAAUUAAUUUAUUUCCUAACUUGAUGUUGUUGACAAAUAUUUUAAAUACUGAAAGCUUCUCACUGCCUCAACAUGUAGAAUAUUAAUAAUUCAAUAUUUAUUGAAUUAGAGUUGAACUCCGCGUCAACAAUCAGAAUGUCUCAGACAAUUUAAAAUUUACUUGAAUAAUCACGAGUGUAACUAGCGUGUGUUGAUUAACUUUAAUUGUUAAUUAACCGCAUACUGAUGGAGAAAUUAUGAUAGAUAACGAGACUUGCAUUUGCAUUGAAGUAGGAAUUCGCCGCUUAGCAUUUGAU